GAGAAGGCUAAGUGAUCAGGAGGAUCUGAGUGCUAACUGCUCGUUUGGAGGGCAGUUGAGGAGGUAAAAGCGGUUGAGGAGCACCACCGUUUUUGAGGAGGUUGAGGGGCAAUACAGAUUCAGAUGAGGAGGUUGAAGAAUAUUUGAGGCUAGUAAGAAAACAUGGAAUGACUGGGUUGAUAGUAAAAAUAGUAAAGAGAGUAGUUUUCCCCUCGUCUCACAUCCUUCAACUGAGUGAUAGUACAGUUGUAAAUCUAAAAUGUGAGGUCAAGUAGUGUGAACUAGAAGGAUAGUCGAUCAUACCUAUCAUGUACUCUAUGUAUUCUCGGGAUUACGCAUUCUUAGUUCAUAGCAUCCGUAGUGACAGGUUUCCCGCGUGAAUAACUGGCUACGAAGGCCUUGCUGAGGAUGAGUUGGUGCUAGCUCUAAGAACAAGAAGAGGUCGGAGGAUGCGACCUGUCCGGUGGAGGGGGUAGGGCUGCGGUGGAGGCAGUUGCAGACGAGGGUGUAAAGGGGUGUCGAGAAAGAAUGAUAUAAAGGGGUGUCGAGGAAGUGAUACAGGUACAUCCGCAAAUGAGGAAGCAGUAACCUAAGCGCUAGAGACACUGAACCGCACCACAAAUAAGUAAGUUGCGUUCCUCUGGAAAAAAGAAGAUAAAAGGAGAGCUUAAACAAAAAGUAAGCAUCAAAAGCUUGAUCCGGUCAGUACUAAAAUGUACAGGGAAGGAGAAGAUUUUGUCACAAGAGUAUUCCGAUUCAAUCAUAAGAAGUUCCAACUGCUAGAAGAAUUCGUAGUAUAUGAGUAAAAAACGUUAGUUAAGUACAUAAAAGAACCAAUAUAAUAUUUCUUCAAUUGCAGCCAUAGAAAAUUUGCAUUUCAUCGAUCAUGAAUAAGGACCAAGGACGGCACAAAAAGUAUGUUACCAGCGAAAAACUUGCAGCACUUUUGUACAACGAAUGAGACUACUUUUUGCAUGACACGAGCACAUCAUUCAUCAGUAUUCAUCAUGGAUCUACCAGAGUUAGCGAUAGCAAGCCUAAUUAAGUUUUCAGAUUUUGCAAUGUAGUUCCUUUAAUUCCGAGAAUGUACCUGCAUCACAUGUGACACCAUGACUAGGACAAUUGAUUAGCAUAGCAUAAAAAACACAUAUUUGAUCUCUCAUCUCUCAUACAGAGUAGGAUAUGCCACGCAGCUAAAGAGUAAGUAUGAAGCUCCAGUAAGACAAGAAACAUGGAGCCGCUGAACGACAGUACAGAUCGAAGAUGUUACAACACAGAACAAGAGAAAGGUAGUAAGUAGUAUAAGCAUUAGAAUCCAGAUCGAGCAUGUUGUAGAAGUAGGUAUAAUCAGAAUAAGUGUAGUAAGAACUCUGUAGCUGAACAGAUCCGAACUGAACUCGCAAAAAUAAGCCAUGUGCGUCCGGCAUUGCUGUAUAGAGACGCGAAAACCAUGCAUGUGCACAAUCCCAGCCGCAACAUGAAUCACUCAACUCACUUUGAAGCUAUCUACAGGUAAAGCUAUCCCUGAAUCAUGAAUCAUGAGUAAAGAGACGCAGCACGAGGUAUCAUGUCACAAGACCUACAAGCAUACGCAAGAACAUAUAAGAAAGAAUGAUGGACAAGACUCCAUGAAAGAAGCAAGCACUUUGCACAGAGAGGAGCUCCACAGUCAUAGCAAGUAGUAUGCUGUUUAGCAAUUUAAAUUUUCUCUUGUAUCUAUGUAUCCCGCUACUACUGUAGAAACCGUGGGGCGCCCUCACAACUUCAACAUCAGAGAAAGUCGUAGAACUCAAAGAAGACUCAGGGAAGUCGUAGGUCCAAUCCGAACCGACUAACAUCAUCAUCUUCGCUUGGUAUAGAGUUGAGUGACAAAAGACAAAGAUUAAGAACUUAGUUGUAGAUCAUGCUUCGAUGUACUAUAGGGAAAGAAUUGGCUUAUAG